AACACGUAGGUCCCCUCUACCCCCAUAGUAGGAUUUGAACACAACACCACCUGAACACUGCUACAAAAAUGGCCAAUUCUCUGACCAUAUAUGUUUCUCAGAGACUCCAUUCAUUAUUCUUAAUUCCCACACCACACCUAGUUUUGCUUUGCUGCAGUGCAGAGACAAAGCUAGCUGAUUAUUCAGAGAGCUGAAGGAAGUGUCCUUUUCUUUAUCAUUCUGAGUUUUUGACUAGCAUACCCAGAACUCGGAAGAACAAAAUUUUCCACAAUGGCCAGUGUGACUGCUUCUAAUUUGGUGUCAAGAAGCAAAAGCAUCAACUGUGGAUCGACAGGUGGAAUAGAGCCUAAAGCAAAGGUGGAGAGAAUCGGUGGGUUGUUGAGGAACAAAAUCCAGACUACUUAUAAUGGGCUAAGGUGUUUGAAAAAUGUGGAUGAACUGAAUAUAAUGAUGCCCAAGCCAAUUAAAUUGGCCAUCAGGAUAGCAAGGGGGAAAAGAUUAAUCCGUGGCAGGCCUCUGGGAAUCAUCGUGUGUGGAAGCGGGAUGAAUGUGAUCUUUGCAGGAUCAGAAGUAGGUCCAUGGAGCAAAACAGGAGGACUUGGUGAUGUUCUUGGUGGUCUCCCACCAGCCAUGGCAGCCAAUGGACAUCGUGUUAUGACGGUCUCUCCACGCUACGACCAGUACAGAGAUGCAUGGGAUACAGAUGUAGAAAUUGAGCUCAGAGUAGGGGAUAGGAUGGAAAAAGUUCGCUUCUUCCAUUGCUACAAGCGAGGCGUUGAUCGUGUCUUCGUGGAUCACCCCGUGUUUCUUGAAAAGGUCUGGGGAAAGACUGGAUCAAAAAUUUAUGGACCUAUCGCUGGUGAGGAUUUCCUCGACAACCAAUCUAGAUUCAGCUUGCUAUGCCAGGCAGCUUUGGAGGCGCCAAGAGUUCUGAAUCUCAACAGCAAUAAAUACUUCUCCGGACCAUAUGGGGAUGAUGUUGUGUUCAUUGCCAAUGAUUGGCACACUGCUCUUAUCCCGUGCUACCUCAAAUCUAUGUAUAAACCGAGGGGGAUAUAUACAAGUGCCAAAGUUGCCUUCUGCAUUCACAACAUCGCCUACCAAGGCAGAUUCGCCUUCGCAGACUUUUCGCUCCUCAAUCUCCCCGAUUCUUUUAAAAGUUCUUUUGAUUUUAUUGAUGGAUAUGAUAAACCUGUCAAAGGAAGAAAAAUUAAUUGGAUGAAAGCUGGAAUAUUAGAAACAGACAAAGUCUUGACAGUGAGUCCAUACUAUGCCAAAGAACUUAUCUCUGGGGUAGAAAAAGGGGUGGAGUUGGAUAACAUCCUCUCCAAAACCGGCAUUAUGGGGAUUGUGAAUGGCAUGGAUGUUCAAGAGUGGAACCCCUUAACCGACAAAUAUAUUACUGCCAAAUAUGAUGCUUCAACUGUAAUGGAAGCAAAACCUCUUCUGAAAGAAGCCCUCCAAGCAGAAGUUGGAUUGCCAGUGGAUAGAAGUAUUCCGGUCAUAGGCUUCAUUGGCAGGCUUGAAGAGCAAAAGGGUUCAGACAUCCUUGUAGAAGCUAUCCCUCAGUUUAUAGAUGAGAAUGUUCAGAUAGUGGUUCUUGGGACAGGCAAGAAGGCAAUGGAGAAGCAGCUUGUGGAAUUAGAGAAAAACUACCCAAACAAAGCCCGAGGGGUGGCGAAAUUCAAUGUUCCAUUGGCUCAUAUGAUAAUAGCCGGCGCUGAUUUCAUAUUGGUUCCGAGUAGAUUUGAGCCAUGUGGUCUUAUUCAGCUACAUGGGAUGCGCUAUGGAUCUAUACCCAUUGUUGCCUCAACUGGUGGGCUGGUUGACACUGUCAAAGAAGGCUUUACUGGGUUUCAGAUGGGAGGCUUUAGUGUUGAAUGCGACACUGUUGAUCCUGCAGAUGUGACUGCAGUAGCAACAACUGUGAAACGGGCCCUUGCAACCUAUGGCACUCCAGCUAUUACUGAAAUGAUCAAGAACUGCAUGGCUCAAGAUCUUUCCUGGAAGGGACCAGCCAAGAAGUGGGAGGAAGUGCUGCUAAAUUUGGGGGUGGCAGGAAGCGAAGCUGGAAUUGAUGGUGAGGAGAUUGCUCCUCUUGCUAAGGAAAAUGUAGCCACACCCUGAGAGAGAGAGAGAGCCUAGCCUGACCCACCCUACCAUCCUCCCUGCUGGAGGAUUUUCCAGCCUCUAUUUCGGUUGGCGUCAAAACACUAACAAAACAGUCAGGGAACUGUCAAGAGUCUCUCAUUAGGAGCCCAAAUUGUAAGCUUGUCUAAGUACAACUAUUAGGAUUCAACAUAUAUAAGAAAUAAGUUCAAACUACUUUUUUACAGAUUAUUUAGCUUUUCAUAACUAAUGUCCAAUUUCAAGUAAGCAAUUGUGUUCUCUUGUAAGAGAUUCUUGAGAACCUUUCAAAACUUGGUGGCUCAUUUUUGCUAGUGAAACAUAGUGUAACAAGUAAAUAUACAUCAAGCGAAAGUUUUGUUAUUGCUGGUUA